AUUGUUGUGAAUAUGGGCUGGAAUCAAGAAAAGAAAGCGUGGAUGCAUAAACAUUAAAAUACUUCCUUUUUACAUACAAGCAUAUGUGUGACAAAUAAUUCAUUCUAAUGUGUAUAUGUUUGUAUGUUGUGACAUGUUUCGGGCGUGUGAACUCAAUUGCCGUAAUCAUAACAAAUUUAGUCACAUUUUGAUUCAGUCACACAUUUCUGCACUCAAUUCUUCAACUAAGAAAAUUAUGUUAUACUAAAAUGACUCGCUAAGUGUUUAUUAUGCCAUUAAGGCACGAUAAUCUGUCGUAUAUUAGCUUGUUAGCUCGAGUUUCCACACUCACAUACACAUUUGUGAUGAGAAUAUAUAUUUUAUCUUAGGAAAUUCCGUGUCUCCGUAUUAUCGCAGAAUUUCAGGCAUAUAUGUUCAUAGGUUGAUUUCCACACUAAGAUUCGGCACACAGUGAGGUGUAUGUGUGCCAAAAUAUACAAUUUCGGGUCUCAAUGUAAUGCUCAACUCUACACUUGGUUUACAGAUCUUUUCGGCUGUCGCGUGAAUCGAGUGUGUGCCUACGACUUCGUGCUGGCUUAAUGAUGUUCAUUCUUGUUUAUUCCAACAAUUAUAUGAUUUAAUAAUUAGGUUCUGCAGAAAACCCUAGGCUCGAGAGAAAGUUCCAUCUAAUGCCUAGAAAACAUGCAUUUAUUAAUUAUUGAGCGAAGAUUCAUCAAGACAAGAGCAAAAUUUGUUGCGUUUAGCGUAGAAAUGUCAAGUGAUCUUCUAGUAGCAUUGUGCAAGAGUAGUCGAGCUGCAAAUUAUUUAUUUAAAAUAUUUUGCCAUUCUAGAUUUAGUCUUCUAAUUCAAAAGUGUUACUUUCUAUAUCAAAUUUUUCUAGCUACAAAUUAAUAGAGAUGAGCUUGCAUUUCACCUUUGAGCCAUUUUUUUUUUAAUAUUUAAUCAAUGACAUACCAUUUAGAGAUACUCUAUCGCUUGUAUAUAUGUAUGUAACAUAUAUGCAUUCAAGACAUAGAAAUGCUGAUGAUUUUCCAUCGCAUUAUGGUUUUUGGGUCAAGACGGAAAACGUCAACAAUUUGACACAUAAAAACAGAAUGAUUGUAAGAUGCAUAACAAACUGGCAAAAUAACUGCAUUAGAUGCAAACCAAUUUGCCAAUUAGUGACAUUAAACCUGCAUUGACGGUAAAUAAUUUUCAAUUAUUUUCAAAAAACUAUUAUACGCUUAGGUUUAGUUUUGUGUUAGAAUAUUUUUAUACUUAGGGGAGCAAAUUUGAGUCAGGAAUCAGUUCUGCUUGUAGAAAAACUUUCUGUUCUUCCCAUGGCUGAUCCUAUAAUUGAUCAAUUAUUUUAGUCGAAUCUUCUGGAGAACGCCAUUCGUGUCUGCUUGGAGCUCCAAGGACAUUAUGAUACGUUAAUUCCUUUACCUCCACCAAUAGAAUUAGACGUUUCAAUGUUUAUAUCGAGCGCAAAUACUCGGUAGUAAAAUUUUCAACAUAACCCCAAAGGUAUGUUCGUGCUGCUAUUUUCACACUUCGUUGUUCUAGUGUUAAGGCGAAAACGAAAGUGAGUCUCUAAAGACUUCGAGAACACAUACAAUUGAAAGUUGAGUUUUUCUAAGUCCCAUGCACUCGUGUGUGUCUAUUAUUUAAUUCAUAACUUUAUCGCUGCCAUCACCGCCAUUCAAAUCCAAUUAUGUUUAUUUUUAACGCCUUCGUCUUGAUUACUGUCUGCGAUUCUACGGUACUGAGGCACAUAGCUCGAUAGCUGAUGAAGAAGUUGACUUUAUGCUAAUGAUUUAGAGCAGUGCUAGAACACGAAACGAACUUUGAUUAGCUGAAAUGGAUGCAUGCACGAAAAGUGGCAAAUUAUGUGGUCACAGCGGCGUGGAAAAUUUACAAUUGCCACAACAUGCACGGUAUGUCUAGUAGCGGAGGUGAUGCUGCAAUAUGCAGUGGUCCGGCCCCCGAGGCUUUAAAAACCUUAAUUCCUCUGGCUGUGCCACAGUAGUGCGGUAACACUGAAGCGUGGAGCUUUAACUGUGGAAGCUUUGGAAAGUGAACGCAUACAUUCGCAAUCCUUUAGUGCGGCCUAGAUGCAUAGCAAGGUGAUCGCAAUCCUUACACACAUACUGAAGGCGAUACGCAGUUCAACAGCAUAUUUGCAAUAUUUGCAUAGCAUAGUUUACUAGAAAUCGAAAAGUGUUUAUAUAAGUGCGUAUGCAACAACAACUUGCGUCUCCAGAAGUCAAAGAAUUCAUUAACCUAACGUUAUUUUAGUCUCACCUCAAGUAGUGAGCAGUGCAAUAAAUUCACAGUGCCGACUUAUUGCAAUUAUUUUGCAUUGCAAUAUUUAUUUACACACACACACAAAAGAGAGCACAAACGUGGAAAUUAUUUUUAGUCGGUUCUAGGAAUAACCGUUCUUAUCAGCCUUUAAUACAAAUUUCACAAUACGGAAAAUACGAAAUGCGCUUCAAAUCGAAAAUAGCAAUUUUGAGUCUAUCGGUGGUGCUGAGCUGCUGCCUGUGGACGCACAGUGAAGCAAAAAUGCUGACGAGAUGCCAACUGGCUAAGGAAUUGUUGGCUCAUGAUUUUCCAAGAAGUUAUCUCUCAAAUUGGGUGUGUCUGGUGGAGAAUGAAAGCGGCCGAAGUACUUCAAAAGUUAUGCAAUUAGCAAAUCACAGUGUGAGCUAUGGACUUUUUCAGAUAAACAAUAAAAAUUGGUGUCGAAAAGGUCGAAAGGGCGGAAUAUGCAAUAUAAAAUGUGAAGAUUUUUUGAAUGAUGAAAUCUCCGAUGAUUCCCGUUGUGCCAUGCAAAUUUUCAACAGACACGGCUUUCAGGCUUGGCCCGGAUGGGUCAAUAAAUGUCGUGGACGUACGCUGCCCGACGUCUCCAGGUGCUGAGCACACCCAUUACACCUAUCUGCCGUUAUACGUUUGUGCGCUUGUUGCUGAGAGAGAAUGUUAGAGCCCGCCACUGGUGGCCCUUCAAAAGGUUGCAGCCACGCUUUGCGGCUAUAUGUAACAAGGACAUCUAAUGCGAGAAUUUGAGUGCAUACGAGCACAUAGUAUAAACAUAUAUAUAUAAUGAGAAAUAAUGACUUUUUAUACAAACAAACGAUUUACCCUUAAGCUUCACAUGGCAUACAAGUCAACCACAUCAAUUGCUUUCGAAUUUGCGAUGAAGAAUGCGCUUACAAAUUUACACCUACAAACACACAUGCCUACACAUAUACGUACAUAAUAAUUAUGCUAAGUAAAAAUUAUUAAAUUAUUUCUAAGUUUUAUAAAUUCGAUUUUAAGUAGCGGAAAUUGGCUCAAUAAAUUAUGUCAUAAAUACAUACAUACAUAUACAUAAAUGAAAUUUGUAUUUAAAACUAUUUGUUAGAAAAAAAGCAACACUGUGGGGUAUUACAAAAGCAAUUUGAAGCAAUUUUGUAUGAUAAUGUCAAGUAAACAGUAGCUCAAAAUGUAUUUAUAAUGAUUUUUUAUUUUUAUCUUCAACACUCUGAAAUAUUUUUCUCAUAGAUUUUGAAGAAAUAUAACUCUAAUUAAAUUAAAACAAAAUGUAUAUGUAAAUAGCAUAAUAUCAUAUACUUCUACUAAGCAUAUUCAAGAGCGCUUAAAUAAGGGGAGGAUAAGUACAGGCAUUUAAAAAAAUAAAAUCAAUCAACUAUGUAAAAAUAUGCGCUUAACGCUUCGCUGGACGCUAAUUGGUAUGCAGAAGUGUCGUCAACUUACAACUUCCGUUUUAGCGUAUUUAUUGUUUUUGUUUUGCAAA